UACAAUUGCUCUGUCAGGUCAACAAGUAGAAAAUUUUCAGCGUUGUUCCAAAAAUUAAUAAAAUUAAUUUUUAAAUUAAUUUUAUUUAAAGUGAUAUGUCAUUAAAUAGCUACACUAGACACACUAUAAAUAGCUAAAUAUAGAAACCCAAUGGACCCGAGACUAGAGAAUCAUCCUAAACUAAUCAGUCGUAGCCAAGAAUAUACAAAAACACCUAAUAGACCAUUUCUCCAUUGUUAUCUUCUUUGUUAAAACUCCACAGAUCCCAUCUUAAAAUCACCCAAUCCCAAUUCGAAUGUCGUGUCUAAACCCGGAGGUGAAGGUCACAGUGAUUUUCGUUUGAGUUUUUUUUUUUUUUUUUGAUAAUCAACGUUGGAGUACAUUUUUAUUCAAAUAAAGGUUCAUUCUCCUCUUUUCUUAUCUUAUUUAUUUCUUGUCGUUGACGUGUUUUAAUAUCCUAAAGUGUGCUAUGUUGGGUUGGAAUUUUAACUUAUUCAGUAUCUGUUAUUUAUACGUCUUUUCCUUUUUAAUUUGUCUAAAAAGUAUGUCAUCUUUUUAUAAUUAAAAAUAAUUAAAUUUUUGAUUUCCCCUUUUACCCUUAAUGAAAUGAUUUAUAACCACACCAAUUUCUAAAGUCUUCCUUCCUUUCUUAAACUUUGUGUCAAGUCAAACAAUGUCACAUAAAUUGGGCCGGAGGGAGUGGUUUUUUUUUAACACUAAAGAAAUAAUUUAACUUUAAACAUUACAUUUUACCUUUAAAAGAUACUUUUAUAGUCCUACAUUUGUUAUCAUAUGCUUAAAUUUCGUGUCAAGUCGAGUCGAGUCACACAAUGUCAUACAAAUUGGAACUUAGGGAGUACAUUUUUCUUCUAAUACAAGACGAUAGCUUUUCUCCUUUUUGUGACGUAAUUUAAGUGAAGUCAAGUGGACAUUCAUUUUCUUUUCCAAUAUACUUUCCUCCUCAUUUAAUUAGACUAUCAAUCAACUAAUCUUUUACUGCACCGGGCUGCCCUAAUGAUAGAACAUAUAUCCUUUUCCAUUAUUUUGUCUUUUUUUUUGUCCAGCUAUAUUGGUGCUAUAUAAUGGAGUAACUUUGGAAACUACUCAGAUCAAGUUUCUUAUAAAUCCCUUCAAAGCAGUGUGUUUCCAGUGCAUAGUAACAGUAUGCAGAAAUACAUUUUACUAUUGAUACAUCUCUUUCUAGUCCAGUAUUUCUCAUUUUCUUUAUCUGCUACUUCCUCAAAUGAAACAGACCUGCAAGCUCUACUAGCUUUCCAAAAUCUUAUUACAAGUCCUAGUCAUUUUUUGGCCAAGAACUGGACCAAGAAUACUUCUUUUUGCUCUUGGAUUGGUGUCACUUGCAGUACAAAAAGGCAAAGAGUUGUGGCCUUGGCUCUUCCUAAUUUGCAACUUCAAGGCACAAUUUCCCCGUCUUUGGCCAAUUUGUCCUUUCUCAAAGAGCUCAAUCUGGGGAACAACUUCUUCCAUGGCGGCAUCCCUUAUGGCAUUGGCCACUUGCCUCGCUUACAAGUGAUUGAUAUUCAGAACAAUCAGCUAGAAGGAAGUAUUCCGACAACUCUAUUUCAACACCAAAGAGUUCAAAAGAUUUCAUUGGCUUACAAUAAACUCAAUGGUGAAAUGUGGAAAGGGCCAUGGUAUGUACCGGAACUCAUAAUCUUAAAUCUUAGGAACAAUAGCCUCAUGGGUAUAAUCCCUCCUUCCAUUGGAAAUGCCACAAAGUUGCUGCAUUUCAAUUUGUCUAAUAAUAGAGUCAGCGGCAACAUUCCGAAGGCGAUCGGUAAUCUGAGACAACUUAAAAAGUUGUCCUUGUACAAUAAUCAAUUAACAGGUUCUAUUCCUGCAGUAUUGUUUAACAUCUCUUCGCUUUUUUACUUGUCUCUGACAUUCAAUAGCCUUUCUGGUCCUCUCUUGCUUGAUGAAGGGAAUAUUGAGUCAAAUCUAGAGUUUUUAAGUAUAUCUUAUAAUCAAAUUUCCGGUCAAAUUCCUUCCAACAUAUGCCAACUCACAGAGCUCAAUGUUCUGUCCAUAUCUUUCAACAAUAUAACUGGAGAAAUACCCAAAAAUAUUGCUUGUUUAUCCAAACUCGAAAAGUUCUAUAUUGGUCAUAAUCCAAUAAAAGGGACUAUUCCCCCUUCAUUGGGCAAUAUGUCCACUCUGAGAAAUCUUUAUUGUGGAAGCAAUCGCUUGGAGGGGCCAAUUCCUCCAGAAUUGGGGAAGCUAUCAAAUUUGAGACAAAUUAACUUUGCGAACAAUACGCUUAAUGGUCAAAUUCCAAAGGCUAUUUUCAAUAUUUCUUCUUUGGAAGGUAUUGUUUUAAGUUUCAACAACCUUUCGGGGAGAAUUCCAACCACUGCGGGUCUUCAUAUUCCCAACCUUAGGGGACUUUACUUGGGACACAAUCAGCUCGAAGGGGAAAUUCCAUUGUUCAUAACAAAUGCUUCCAAGCUUGAGACACUGACGCUAGACGAGAACUUUCUCACAGGCACUAUUCCUCCUAAUUUGGGAAAUCUUCGUGAGUUGGAAGAUUUGUUCCUACAUACCAAUCAACUUACCAAUGAACCAAGAGAGCAUGAGUUGCGAUUCUUCUCUUCUUUGGCGAACUGUAGGAUGUUGCGAUAUCUACAAGUGGGUACCAAUCCGUUGAAUGGCGUUUUGCCCAAUUCUAUUGGGAAUCUUUCAUCUACUAUUCAAAACUUUAAUCUAGAAGAUGCACACAUCAGCGGCCUCAUUCCCACAACUAUAGGCAAUAUGAGUGGUCUAAUUAGUCUAGACUUUAGAGAAAACAAUUUGACAGGGAGUAUUCCUUCUGAAGUCGGUAAGAUUGAACAACUCCAAGGUCUAUUUCUACACAACAAUAAAUUGAAAGGGAAUAUUCCCGAGGUAGUUUGUCAUUUAUCUAAUUUGGUGAAAUUAACUUUGCAUGACAAUGAGCUAUCUGGGGUGAUUCGAAAAUGUAUAGAAAAUCUUACCAUGCUACAAGUUCUUUCGUUGGGUUCUAACAAAUUUUCAUCAAAGCUACCUCUAGGCCUUUGGAAAAUGAGUGGUCUUCUCUAUCUAUACAUGUCACAGAGUUCUAUAGUGGGAGAAGUACCACCGAAUAUUGGAGAACUAGAGGCCAUUAUAGUAAUAGAUCUUUCUGGUAACCACUUUUCGGGGAUGAUACCAAGCAAUUUGGGGCACCUCCAAAACCUGCAGUAUCUUAACCUGUCCAACAAUUCAUUUUCAGGCCCAAUUCCAUUAUCCUUUUCCAAAUUGAUAAGCUUGGAAUUCUUGGAUUUGUCUUUAAAUACCUUGUCAGGUACUAUUCCUAAGAUAUUGGAAAAACUCUCAUACCUUAAAAGCAUCAAUGUCUCAUUUAAUAGUUUAAAAGGAGAAAUACCCAGUGGUGGUGUGUUUGCAAAUUCCACUCUACAAUCAUUUCUUGGGAACAACGGUCUAUGUGGAAUGCACAUAUUUGAGGUUCCUGCUUGUGCUAUCACUACUCCUGGACAACAACCAAAGUUUAAGGUGCUUGUGCUAAAAAUUGUUACUCCAGUGGUUAUUUCAUCCUUUCUAAUAUUCUUGUUGGUCUCAAUUUGGAUAAUGAAACAACAUAAGAAAGGAAAGUCCAAAGAUGUUGAAAAGGUUCCAAAGAUCAAAACUUAUCAAUUGAUUUCUUAUCAUCAGAUUCAAAGAGCAACAAAUAAUUUUGAUGGAUCAAAUUUAAUUGGUGUGGGAAGCUCUGGCUCUGUGUACAAAGGCACAUUAUCUAGUGGAACUAUUGUGGCCAUAAAGGUUCUAGAUUUGGAAAAUGAGAAAGUAUGCCAGAUGUUUGAUACGGAAUGUGAAGUCAUGAGAAUUGUUCGACACACAAAUCUUGUCUCAGUGAUCACUACUUGCUCUAGCGAACAUAUAAGAGCCUUUGUUUUGCAAUACAUGCUCAAUGGAAGUCUUGAUACUUGGUUGUACAAAGAAGAUCGCCACUUGAUCCUUCUUCAAAGAGUCACCAUAAUGUUUGAUGUGGCUGUGGCAAUUGAGUAUCUACAUCAUGGUAAUGACACCCCAAUAGUUCAUUGUGACCUAAAGCCAACCAAUGUUCUUUUGGAUGAAGAAAUGGUGGCACAUGUUGGUGAUUUUGGCAUCUCUAAGAUUCUAGCUGUAAGCAAGUCUAUGGCACAUACAGAGACAUUAGGCACUCUUGGAUAUAUUGCACCAGAAUAUGGCUCGGAGGGAAUAGUAUCCACUAGUGGUGAUGUUUACAGCUAUGGCAUCAUGCUAAUGGAGGUUUUGGCAAAAAGAAGACCAACAGAUGAAGAGAUACUCAAUGAAAAUGUUAGCUUGAGGGAGUGGAUAAGGCGAGCAUUUCCAAGAACUGUGAUGGAAGUUGUGGAUGCUAAUAUUUUUCAUGGGGAAGAACAAAUCACUUCCAAAAGUGAGAUCUGCAUAAUUUCCAUGAUUGAAUUGGCUUUAGAUUGCACAAAGGAAACGCCAAAAUCAAGAAUAACCAUGAAAGAUGUAGUCAAGAGGCUUAGCAAAAUCAAGAAAACAUAUUUGGAAAUGUAGAAGUUAUCUGUUUCGGUAGUGUGCUUUCUGACCUAUAAGUUAAUAUAUUGCUUUUCUUUUACAUGGUUUCUUUAGUAAUAAAGUCUAGCGUAUAGUUACUACUUGGAGUCAUGUAUUGUUUUUACUUCAGAGUGUUGUAGUUCCUUGUUUUGUGAUUUCACAUUUGAGUGGUUUAAUUUGAAAAUAUUUACUUGUUUGAUUAAGUAUGGUUUGAGUGCUUGAAUAAAUCAGAAUUAAAUUAAUGAAUAUUAUGAAGGUGUUUAGCCGCACAAUUUUA